AUGGGCAAAACUGAAAUGGAAGAAAAUGAGCCAACUUCUGAGCUAUAUAAGCCUGCCAAUUGCAUUUCUUAUUCAGUCACCAACUACCACCGCUCCAGAUAUUCAAAAUCACCUAGCGUUUUCUGUAGGAUCAUCCCUUUUCCAAGCAUGAUGAACGUAAAAUACGUAUCGCUCUUUACCUGCCUUUUUCUAUUUCCACUGUUGUCAAUUACCUGUGGCAGUUCGAUUCGGUCUUCAUUGACUGCUGAAGAGAACAGUCAUCCGUUUCUUAUCCGGAAAAUCGACAGCAACCAGCAACAAUACACCGGGAAUGGCGAUCCGUUUCAAGAUACGACCCAAGAGAGUCAAAUUGAAGAUACUUCUAAUACCGCACCUUUGAUGUCAGAAAACGAGGAAUUUUUCCCAGUGCUAGAAGGAGAAAAAGGGAGCGACAAAAAUAUUGUUUUAGUAAAUCCUAGAAAAGUCAAGUCAUCAUCCGUUGCUGUUGCUCCGAUCGCUCCCAAUCCUGAGAGGCGUCUGUAUUAUCCGUCAGCGCCUGUCGACCAACCAAAGUAUCGGUACCAUUUCACAAACAAUAACACACCUCUCCGUUCGUUUGACUCGGCUCCUCUCCAGCCCAAGCAAAUGGGAUUCCCUCCGAUAUCUAACACGCGUGAAAAUUUGGGAAAACAAAUCAACUGGAACGCCAAAGUCGGUAGAGCUCAUCGUUCGUUUUACGAUUUGAUGACGGCUUGAUUCACCCAUUUUCAAAUUGUUUCCUGAUUGAUUUCCUAUUGAAAUUUUGUAGUUAAAGUCCUAGAAUUUUGUUUUGAUCCGAUUAUAACUUUUUUGAAAACAAUUUGUUACAUGGUGCAAUAAACGU